UGUGAAGUAGCAUCUCAUUUUUUUGUAGUUUACCGCUGAGUAGAUAUCAAUGGCAAAAUCAAAAUAAAGCAAAGUCGAAUGUCUGCGCGUAGCUCAAGAGUUGAGUAAGACUGUAGAUUCAUGCAGUUUACAGUUCUAGGGCUUCAGGAGACAAUACUAGCUUGUUCUCUGACUUCAGUUCAGUAAUCCACAGAUUAGCUCCAGACCUUGGCUACAAACUAGCUCUAAAUCCUGUUAUUCUGCGUCCAUCAAAGUAUAAUUAUUUUCUUCUCGGUGACUGCUAAGCCACUAAUAUUAAUACUCAUAGGUGAUGCAAUGCUGCUCCCGCACCGGUAAAUUUAAUUAAUUUUGGUUCGGACUGUACGGAUUGUAUGGAGUGAAGUGUAAUGCUCAAAGCGAACAAGGGCGCGUUGCCUCUACUAAUUUAGCUAGCGGGCAGACACAGGAGACUUGGCAUCACGCAACGCCCUGAACCGAGGCGAUCUUGCUGCAGAGCAGCUGAGUUGAACGAAAUCGCUCGAGAGUAUCUACCAUCGUGGUCUGCGUGCGUCGGAGAAUGGCGAACAACGGCAGAACGUUGAUCGACGGCCAGGUGACAGCAACGAUCUACGGGCUGAUCAAGAAUCACAUGUAUUCGGAGGCGGCAGAAAUCCUCCAAGAAAAGCUGCAACUUUACCCAAAGUCCCGUGCAGCUUUGUCGCUGCUGGCAUUCUGCUACUAUCACAUGCAAGACUUUGAGAACGCAGCCGAGUGUUAUGAACAACUGCAAGUCAGUUAUCCGGAUGUAGACGAGUACAAGCUGUAUUAUGCGCAGACGCUGUACAAAAGCGGAGCUCUGCAAGAGGCUACCAAGUCUUCGUUCAUGCUUGAUAAGCCGAGCAUAGCACCAAAGAUUCUGAAACUGCAAGCCGGUAUCAAGUAUGUGGAGGGAGACUUUCCGGCAGCCAAGACUCUGGUGGAGCAAUGUCCGUCUGAUGAUAUAGAUACACAGGUCAAUAUGGCGUGUUUGCUCUUCAAGGAGGGACAGUACCAGGAAGCUCUCGCUAUCUUUGUCAAAGCAAUGGAAGUGUCCGGCAAGAAACCAGAUUUAAUGUACAACACCUCGCUAUGCCAUUACCACAUGCAACACGAUCAGAUCUCGAACAACUGUGUGUCCGAGAUCAUUGAACAGGCUAUCAAGGAGCACCCUGAACUCUCUAUCGGUUUAAAGACGGAAGGUGUUGACGUGCGUAGUGUUGGGAAUACGUUGGUUCUUCACGAGACGCACACAGUCGAGGCGUUCAACCUUCGUGCUGCUCUGCUCUGGAAGGCGGGCGAUGCUACGCAAGCCCGCAAAUGCCUAACUGACAUACCACCGAGAUCGGUGGAGGAACUGGACCCGAUCUCUUUGCACAACGAUGCUAUCAUGAAUAUGCCAACCAAAGCAACAAUGGGCUUCGAGAAGUUGCAAUUUCUGCUUCAGCAGCCCAUAUGCCCACCAGAAACUUUCGGAAAUCUUCUGCUAUUGUAUUGCAAGUAUGAAUACUAUGAUCUUGCUGCUGAUGUGCUGGCUGAGAAUGCACACUUGACGUUCAAACUCUUGUCACCGUUCUUGUACAAGUUCUUGGAGACUCUAAUCCUGCAGCAAACUUCCGUUGAAGAGGCAUACAGUCGAUUCGAUGACAUGGCAACCGAGCUAGCCGAAGAACUGCGUCGCUAUACCAAGAAGGUUCAGCAGACGCGAGGAACGGAUGAGGACGCAGCUCGCAGAGCUAUCAAAUCAUAUGAUACCGCCAUGCAACAGUAUGUUCCCGUGUUGAUGCACCAGGCUAAGAUCUACUGGGACCAAUCUAACUAUCCAGCUUUGGAGAAGAUAUUCCGGAAAUCGGUGGACAAGUGCACGGAUGUCGAGGCGUGGAAGCUGAACGUUGCUCACACUCUUUUCAUGCAGGACAACAAGUACAAGGAAGCCAUCAACUUCUACGAGCCCAUCGUGAAGAAGCACUAUGAUGAGUUAUUACAAGUCAGUGCAAUUGUUCUGGCAAAUCUCUGUGUGUCGUACAUCAUGACGAGCCAUAACGAAGAGGCCGAGGAGCUGAUGAGGCGGAUAGAGAAGGAGGAGGAACAAAUUGCAUAUGAGGACCCAGACAGCAAACUCUACCAUCUGUGCAUUGUGAACCUGGUCAUCGGCACGCUCUACUGUGCCAAGGGGAACUAUGAAUUCGGCAUCUCACGUGUCAUGAAGAGCCUCGAGCCCUAUCACAGAAAGUUGGGAACUGACACUUGGUUCUACGCCAAGCGAUGCUUCCUCUCAUUGAUGGAGUCCAUGUCCAAGCAGAUGGUGUUUCUUCAAGACUCGGUCAUACUGGAGAUUGUUCAGUUCUUCCAGCAUAUUGAGAAUCAUGGACACAGUAUAAUAGUGUUGGUGGAGCAACCACUGGAGCAGGAUCCUAUGCAUGAAGGCAAGAACACGGUGGCCUACGAGGCACGCUACCUGAAGAGUCUCUUUCUGGCUCUCGCCGAUCUCUGAAAGACCUGGGACAUCGGAAGCAUUGCGACACGUGUGGCGAAGGCUGCUAAUCAAAUGAUUUGAAGCAGUAAGAUAAGGGCUCUUUGGCCCCAUUUCUCAAAACCAAGUCCACGGAAAACCACCAGAUCUUCAUCGCUGCACCAAUGUGGAAUAUCAUCCGGCGCCGACGACGAUAGCGUCCAGGAUAUCGAAACAGACAAGCGCAUGGCCCUCUUUCAAAGUAUCGGUGAAGCCAGUUGGAACUUCUGAUAUCACCUGUAUUAACUAUGUCCCUAAUUUUAGCUAUACAUGCUGCAUAUUUGAGACCAGACUCAUCACCCUAUCUGCAUUGCUUCAGUGGUGCCAGUGAGCAUCCGGUUUUUUUUGUACUCACAUUUUUUUUCAAUAUUGGAUUUCCCUAGUCGUUUCUGGUGUGUUUUAUCACUACGGACAUCAUCAAAACAAACUUAGGAUAUGCUGAGUUUUCAACAUUUCGCGGCAGGCGUGAAUUCUUUUCUAGUGCGUUGAAGAGUUGUUUGUUUUAUUUCCUGUACUGUGAUAGUACUUGAGUAAAGUGUUGAUAGGUGUCAUCGGAUUAUCUGUGUUUCGCAAGUGUGGACAAUACGCCUCAUCUUUGCAGGUAAACCUGCCACUGUACUCCAUGAGGAUUAUCACCCUUUAAUUAAUACCCAACCCUAUUGUACAUAAGCGAUUCACUGUCGAUAUUCUCGUAUAACUUUGUAGAAAAAAACUCAGAAAUCCCCGAAGGUGGAUUUUCCUAG